AAAAAAAAAAAAGAAAAAAAGAAAGAAAACUAACUCUAGGUUUUAAAAAAAAAAACGCAUCAGUAUGCGUUCAUGCAUCAUUUCUAUGGAAAUCCGUUAUCUCUCUUUCUUCCAUUACUCGAACUGGACAAAGACGCCAUGGCGUCGACCGUGUCCGAGUGGCUGACGGAAGGCAUCCUUAACGAGCAUCAUAUGACGCAUGUCCGAAUGCUCCGCUCCAUCAAGUCGUACGUCGAGUCACUUGUGGCUCGCCAGGAGGUCCAGAAAGCCAUGCGAGUACUUGAGGACGAUGAUUAUGUCAUGAAAGCGAUUGUACCCGAGCUUCUCACGGAUAUCAAAACAUACCAAAUCCAAUUCAAGUUGGGCAUUCAUCUCCUCGAGCUUCUCCAGUCUCAAUUUCCCAACUUUGGGUUUUUUGCCACGCAUCGUCAAAAGAGCAAAAGGAUACUGCUUCUCGAUGCGUUGCAAGCAACGACGGAGGAGGGGAUGGCAGGGUCAGAACUGACGAAAGCGUUGAUUGCUUUGAUCCGCGGCAUCAGUGAAAAGCAUAUAGGGACGCUUUUGCAGCAGAUGCGAGCCUUGUUUGAAAAAGAGGAUUAUCGAGAGGUGAAUGAAGCUGCGUUGAAGGAAUUGUUCGGCUGGGAAGUGAGACUGGAACACUUGGCGCAGGCAGAUCGUGACACGGUGGCGCGCAUGGAUAGGAAAGCGAGAUUAUUGGAAGGACUUGUUUUACCAGGCGCACAGACAGCGAGACAGACAGCCACGGCGCAAAGAGUGCAGGAGAACUCGAUUGAGCAUUUAAGAAAUAAAGGAACAGCGAUAGCCAAAUUGGCCAUGGACAUAGCCGAUUGGUGUGAGAGAACACUCAGAUUGUAUUUGAGACCCUACACCACUUUACCCUUACACGAGUUGAUCUAUUACAACACGAUCAGCUUGCACGAGAAGGCUUUUGCAGCUCAACCGAGAGCCACGAUUCAAACAGCAUUGACGCAAUCAGGCCAUUAUUUAGGCUGCUCUUGUUGUCGUAUGGACAAAGCGGAUCAGAUUCUAUUUUCAGAACACGAUACUUGCAUUUUAUACAAACUCUACCUUGAAUGUGGGCGUAUGAUUAAUUUGUACGAUUGGUUUAUCGCGUUUGGUUGUAUUAUUGAAAGAGAACAGCGACCGAUAAAGCAAAAGCUGGAAGAGAAUGAAGUGCAAGCCCGAUUUAUACGAUCUGUAGCAGAAUUACAGUUUUUAGGAUUCAUCAAACCAACACAACGAAAGACAGAUCAUGUCAUUCGAUUAACGUGGUCCAAUAUAUAAAAGCGUGAUACCCCCCCCCCCACCCCCAUCCAUAGUUGACAUGAAUGCCAUCAUGUUUUUGACUCGAUUAAAACCAUUUUUUAGACCGUCGUCGUCAUCCAUUUCAGGUACACAUCAUCGAUAGACAAUGUCUCUUUUUUUUUUUUUUUUUU